UCCGGAGCGGAUCGGAACCCGGAGCGCGGAUCCGAUCCGGGUCUGGCCAUUCCCGGGGCAGGUUUAAAAAAAUGGCUGAAGAUGGCAGUGAGGAGAUUAUGUUUAUUUGGUGCGAGGACUGUGGGCAGUACCAUGAUUCAGAGUGUCCCGAGCUGGGCCCAGUGGUGACAGUCAAAGACUCCUUUGUAUUGAGCAGGGCAAGAUCAUCUCUGCCUUCUAAUUUGGAGAUAAGACAACUGGAGGAUGGGACUGAGGGAGUGUUUGCUCUGACUCAGCUGGUGAAACGUACCCAGUUUGGUCCCUUUGAAUCCAAGAGAGUUCUCAAGCUGGAGAAAGAAUCAGUUUUUCCCCUGAAGGUGUUCCAGAAGGAAGGGCCCCUGGUGUAUUUUGACACCACCAACGAAGAUGAUUGCAACUGGAUGAUGAUGGUGCGCCCAGCCACCGAGUAUGAGCAUCAAAACUUAACUGCAUUCCAGCAUGACAAUGACAUUUACUUCACCACCUGCCAGGACAUCCCCCCGGGAACUGAGCUGAGAGUGUGGUAUGCAGCUUUUUACGCCAAAAAAAUGGAAAAGCCAGUGCUGAAGCAGGUCACUAGUGUUGCCAAUGAUACGUCCUUGGUAGCGAUGGAAUCUGAUAAAGAGGGGAAUAAUAAGGUCUCUUCAAAACCUUCAUCUGCUGCCUUACCCCAUAAAAAAACCAAGAAAUCCAGCAUUCUAGCAGCUGAUCCAGCAGUGAACACUCCAGAAGGCAGUGGAACAGCAGAAGCAAAGCCCAACCAGUGGACGUGUAAAGUGUGUUCAUCUGCUUUCCAAGAGCCCCAGCUGCUGACAGAGCAUUUGCUGAGUCACCUGGAACAAGCCAAAGGUGCCCCCCAAAGCAGCCAAAAUGAUGCUGAGAAAGCAGAGAAAGCAGCAGAGGCUGUGCCAGCAGAUCAACCAGUGGCAAGUGAUGCAGCCAGUGCCAGCACAGACUCGAGGAGAAAGGCCAGGAGGGGAAGAAAAGCCAAAACAGCAAAAGUAGAAACACCUCUUGUCAUUGAUGAAGAGAAAGAUCCUGCAGUGGAACGUGCGGCUGACGCGGUCACCGAGGUCCCUCCGGAGGAGGUGGCCCUGCCUCCUGCUCCAGAAGAGAGGAUUAUGGAUCUGGUUUUAGGAAAGAUGCCCAGCACCACAAACAGCAUCAGCUCAGUGACAAAUAGGUUUGCUCAUCACCAAAACACCAUGUCCCUCAAAAGAAGUUUAAUUCUCUCCAGUAGACACGGGAUUCGGCGGAAGCUGAUAAAGCAGCUGGGGGAGCACAAGAGGGUCUAUCAGUGCAGCAUCUGCAGUAAGAUCUUCCAGAACAGCAGCAACCUCAGCAGGCACAUCCGUUCUCACGGUGACAAACUGUUUAAAUGUGAGGAAUGUGCAAAGCUGUUCAGCAGGAAGGAGAGCUUGAAGCAGCACGUUUCAUACAAGCACAGCAGGAAUGAAGUGGACAGUGAGUACAGGUACAAGUGCACCACGUGUGAAAAGGCCUUUCGGAUAGAGAGCGCACUGGAAUUCCACAACUGCAGGACAGAUGACAAGACAUUCCAGUGUGAGAUGUGUUUCAGAUUCUUCUCUACAAACAGCAACCUGUCAAAACACAAGAAGAAGCACGGCGAUAAGAAGUUUGCGUGUGAGAUCUGCAAUAAGAUGUUCUACAGGAAGGAUGUCAUGCUGGACCAUCAAAGGCGGCACUUGGAAGGGGUGAGGCGUGUGAAGAGAGAAGACUUUGAGCACAGCACGGAGAACAUGGUUCGCUACAAGAAGGAGCCCUCGGGGUGCCCGGUGUGUGGGAAGGUGUUUUCAUGUAGGAGCAAUAUGAACAAACACCUUCUAACACAUGGAGACAAGAAAUACACGUGUGAGAUCUGCGGACGUAAAUUUUUCAGGGUGGAUGUGUUGAGAGAUCAUAUUCAUGUCCAUUUUAAGGACAUAGCCCUGAUGGAUGAUCACCAGAGGGAAGAGUUCAUUGGUAAAAUUGGAAUCUCAUCAGAGGAGAACGACGACAACUCUGAUGAAAGUGCAGAUUCAGAGCCUCACAAGUAUAGCUGCAAAAGGUGCCAGCUGACCUUUGGCAGAGGGAAGGAGUACCUGAAGCACAUCAUGGACGUGCACAAGGAGAAGGGUUACGGCUGCAGCAUCUGCAACCGGCGCUUCGCCUUGAAGGCCACGUACCACGCGCACAUGGUCAUCCACAGGGAGAACCUGCCCGACCCCAAUGUGCAGAAAUACAUCCAUCCAUGUGAAAUCUGCGGGAGGAUUUUUAACAGUAUAGGAAAUCUGGAAAGACAUAAGCUUAUACAUACAGGUGUAAAAAGUCAUGCUUGUGAGCAAUGUGGCAAAUCAUUUGCUAGAAAAGACAUGUUAAAAGAACAUAUGCGAGUCCAUGAUAAUAUCCGAGAAUACUUGUGUGCAGAGUGUGGCAAAGGGAUGAAGACAAAACACGCCCUUCGUCACCACAUGAAGCUUCACAAAGGGAUUAAGGAAUACGAGUGCAAGGAAUGCCACCGAAAAUUUGCACAGAAAGUCAACAUGCUGAAGCACUACAAGAGACACACAGGAAUCAAAGAUUUCAUGUGUGAGCUCUGUGGCAAGACGUUCAGCGAGAGAAAUACGAUGGAGACUCACAAGUUGAUUCACACAGUAGGAAAACAGUGGACGUGUUCAGUGUGUGACAAGAAGUAUGUCACUGAUUACAUGCUGCAGAAGCACAUCCAGCUCACCCACGACAAGGUGGAAGCCCAGAGCUGUCAGCUGUGUGGGACAAAGGUUUCUACCAGAGCGUCCAUGAGUCGGCACAUGAGGCGUAAACACCCAGAGAUUCUUUCAGUGAGGAUUGAUGAUUUGGAGCCUCUGCCAGAGACCACGACCAUUGAUGCCUCUUCAAUUGGGAUUGUUCAGCCGGAAUUAGCCUUGGAACAGGGUGAACUACCAGAAGGGAAGCAGCACAUAAAAACCCCUAAACGUGGCCAGAAACGAAAACAGAAGUCAGGUGAGGAGGAGGAAGCUCAAGUGCCUGAGGACCCUGCCUUCAGUGAAUACACAGAGAAGGAAGGUGAAUUCACAGGGAAUGUUGGAGAUGAGACUAAUUCAGCUGUACAGAGCAUCCAGCAGGUGGUGGUCACCCUCAGCGACCCGAACGUCACGGCGCCCUCCAGCUCCGUGGGGCUCACCAACAUCACCGUCACCCCCAUCACCACGGCAGCUGGCACCCAGUUCACCAACCUGCAGCCCGUGGCCGUGGGCCACCUGAGCGCCCCGGAGCGCCAGCUGCAGCUGGACAACUCCAUCCUGACGGUCACCUUCGACACGGUCAGCGGCUCGGCCAUGCUGCACAACCGCCAGAGCGACGUUCAGCUCCCGCCGCAGCCCGAGGCGCCCAACCCCCAGUCCGUGGCCCAUUUCAUAAACCUGACCACCCUGGUGAACUCCAUUGCUCCCCUGGGCAACCAGAUCACGGAGCAGCACCCCCUGAGCUGGAGGUCGGUGCCUCAGACCGAGGUGCUGCAGCCGCCGGCGCCGGCUGCGCCGCAGCAGCCGGGCCAGCAGCCGGUUCAGACAGAGCAGCAGCAGCAGAUGUACAGCUACUAAUUUAUACUCGGGGAAACUGCUGGCGUGUCCCUUAGGACAGGACUCGGCGACACAAGAACAAAAUUCCUAACGGGGUUGUUUCGCUGGAUACCAAACGGAGAUGGGGAAAUGGUUUAUACGAUGAAAUUGGAGCUGAAAUCGGCAGAUCGCCCCUGCAGCGCCCCGCCCUGAGAUCCUCGCGCUGUCCGUAGGCCUGGCGCUGUCUUCGAAAAAUAACAGGAAGGGAAAAGGAAAAAAAAGAGAUCUCACCGCAGAUUUAGCGGCCCCUUGCAGUCGUGGAGUAAGGUUGAGGUUUGACGGGUGCAUCAUCACACACUUUAACCAAAGCAGGGAAAUCCUAAAUUCUGCGGCACUUGUGGUGUACAAAAACCCUUUCAGCCAUACCAUGUCACUUCUUCCCAAGUCUGGGAAUGGCAUCUGAAGACCUUGUUCACGAACGGUGGGUGGAAUGUCUUCACGCUCAGUUGGUAGAGACUGAAAUGUGAAGACACGGAGGGGCAAAACAAGAAUUGUCUUUGUUUCUUAUCUUCUUUAGGUCUUGUAUCUAACGACAUCGGUAAAGUAGGUGGAAUUUGGGGUUUUGGGGAGGGCAUGAGUGUGGUGUGGAAGAAAAUAUUACCAAUUAUUUCCAUUUUAGUCACGGGAAAAACCCUGUACCCAUCAGACAGUGUUAGUGCCGCUUGAGGCAGAGAGCUGGUCUAAUGCUGAAGCAAACUUUUAUGGUCUCCUAAUCAAGUUUCAAUCAAACCAAUUACAAACUGAAAGAAGAAUGUGAUACAGUUUUCUGUAAUUUUUCAAACCUGCUCUUUCAAUCUUGCUUUUAGCUAAUAGGCCUGAAGAGCAAUCAGUCCCCUUUGAUGAAGAUCAAGAUGUGAAUUUUUUUCAAUUAGAUUUAUUUCAUCGGGUAAUAAACAUUUGAGAAAGCAUCCUUUUUAUAUAUAUAUAUACAUAUACAUAUAUAUAUAUACAGCCUUUGUAUUUUACUGCGUGUUCCUAGUGAGUAUUUGUGUGAAAAACACUUACCAACACAAUUACUUAUUUUUUUCAUCCCCAUGUUGUCCCUUCUCACAGAAAAAAAAAAAAAAAGAAAUGGAUUCUGUUCCUUCUGUUUCCAAAAUUUAUUUCCAAAGUUCACAGGCGCACACAAGGUUGUGUGAAGUGCAAGAAAAAGAAAAAGGAAUGUCUGAAGCAUGUUCUGUGUCCUGCCACAUGGAGUCAGUGUGCCCCAGUGUAUAAUGGGUGAGGUUUGCAUGACUGCUGGGGAUGCAAAUCAUGGGUUGGGUCAAACUUUGCUGACAGUACCCCUCCAUUUCAUUUCAUUAUUUCAUUUAAUUUAAUUUCAUUUCAUUUUAUUUCAUUUCAUCUCAUUUCAUUCUCCAUCCAUGGAUGUGCAGUCUGGACUUUGGCAUGUCAAGAAGACGGUAUUACUCCC